AUGCCGACAGGACCUGAUGCCAGCGCCGAGCCGAUCAUCCAGCCGUGCGCGUGCAGAGGCUCGAUGAGCGGGGUCCACACCAGCUGCGUCGAGACGUGGAUUGCCCACCACCGGGCCAACGCGAUCAACGACGAGGUGCCGAAGUGUACCGUCUGCAACCAGCCCUACUCGGGCACAGAGCGCCGUCCUGGCGCACUUCUGUACGCGCGCCACAUCUGCAGAGGUGUUGCGAGGUCGCUGUCGCGCAGCGUCCUCCUGGUGCUGUACCUGAUUGGCUACUGGGCUGCGGCGCAGGAGGGACGACCUCCUGCACCUCUGGGCCCGUGUGGUGGUCCUCGCCGCGGUGUGGCCGGCGUUACUGCACAAGUCGCUGGUUCUCACCGUCUCACUCCCGCGCGGCCGCCUCGCGCCGGACGGCUGCUUGCGCGGCCUGUUCACGGCCGACCAGCGGCGGAUCGCCACCCUCGUGACGGAGCUGUCGGCGAUCGAGGCGAUUUGCUGCAUGUGGUGCGUCUUUGGGCAACUGGCCUGGCGGAUUUCUUGCCCCUGCCGAUCCUUGUGAUCAUGCCGAUGGGCUCGGCGAUGCUCAGGUCCGGCCUGCCGCGCACCUCACGCGCGGUGGCCAUGGCGGUCGCGGUGAUCUCGAGCCCGGUGGUGUUGCUGGUGCACAUGGGCAGAUUGUUGAUCGAGAACCCCAGGGGCGCAGGGAUGCCCGGCCGGGCCGCCCCCCUGCUCCGCCGCAAGGCCGUGCCCGCCGCGCGGCCAGCCUCGCCAGAGACGGAGGCCUCCCGUGGCCACCUGUUCGAGCACUUCUGCCGCGAGCAGCUCCGCGGGCACGGCCCGCUCCGGGAGGGCGGCGCGCAGGAGCUGCAGCUCGGCUUCGAGGUGGACUUCGCGCUGCGCCUGCUCGCCGAGGCGCGGGUGGGCGUGCAGCAGCGGCUCGCCUCGAUGGGCGUCCAGGUCCCGCUGCUGGCGGCCAGCACGAGCUUCAACGAGAGCGCCUGGGCGGAGCGGGUGGUAGCCCGGCUGGAGGGAGGAGGAGACGCUGUGCCUCUCGGAACUGGCGCGCGCAGGGCCAGCGCCAGCCUGCAGCGCGGCGGCCGCGCCCCCGCGCACGCCGCGCCCCCCGCGCCGCACGAGCUCGCCGGGCGCGAAGCGCCCGCCGGGCCCGAGCUGCCACAGCAGCCUGCAGGGCCCGAGGCGCUGGCGCGGAUGCCGUUGGGGGAGCCGGCCGCGCCGCCGCAGGCGCGCGGCCGCCCCUCGCAGCCCAGCAGGCAGGGCAGCCGCCGCCGGCCCCGCGAGCGGCGGGGCCAGCGCGGCAGCGGCGCAGCGGGCGACGCGAGGCCCACGUCCGAGCCGCCAGUCGUGGCGACGGGGUCCGGCGCCGCGCUGGAGGCGGAGGGCCCCGCGGUGGUGGGCGCGGGGCCCGCGGCGCGGUGGGGCGCGCCGCCGCGCUGGCUGCCCUGCGGCAGGCCCUGCUGCACGCACUUCCACUGGCCCGACCUCGCCUCGGGCGCGGCGCGCGGGGAGUGCCCGCGGCUCGCGGCCGGGGCCGCCUGCGGGGGCUGCCACUGCGGGCGGCACCUGUGGCCGCUGGGGGACGCCACGCGCGGGGCGGCCGCCGCGGCCUCCGCCUCGCUGCUCGUGUGGCUGCUGGGCCCCGUCGCGGAGCCCGCGGUCGGCGCCGCGGCCUGCGAAGGCGUGGCGGUGGUCGCCUCAUCGGCGCACGGGGCCGUGGCCGCCGUGGCCGCGAAUUGGCGCGUUCCGCUGGGCGCGGCCGAGGUGCUGCUGCCGCAGCCGAGACUCCGCAGCGCCGGGCUCCUGUGCGACCUGGUGGCGAAACCCACCGAGAGUUCCUUCUACCUCUGCCAUAAGAAGGACAGAACCGCGUGCCUCAAAGGCGGAGGAUGCCGUCGGCCUCCGUCGAGCCCCUCGCUGCCAUCUGAGGCGGUGGCGGGGCUUCGGGAGUGA